AUGAUCGAGUCAUUAUACAUUGAAGUUUCACAGCCAAAAGAGCCAAAACCACUGUCAAAGUAUCAUUAUAUUGUUUACUCUGUCUUUUCCUUUAUUAGUAUUGUGGCUACUCUAGUUGACUUAGCUUUAUCUGAAUGAUACCAAUACUGCUGAUGGACCUUUGGGCUAGUUUUUGCAGAACCAAACACAAGAUUUGACUCGUUUGAAAACGAAGGCUCAAUUGGUGACGUAAAAAGUGAUAGCUGCGGGUCUCUAAAGCAUCUUGUCAAUACAAAUUGUCCAGGCUUUUGUAGUCAUAUUGAUGGAUUUGACAAUGGCGGAGCAGUAAUGAUUCUCUUUGGGACAUUAGCGAUGCUUUUUAAUGCAAUUUGCAUAUUUUUCCACAUUUUAAAGCUAUACCGUUCUAACUUCAAGCUGAAAAUUAUAUCGCCCCUCUCCUUUCUUCCUUCAUUUCUUUAUAUUCUGGGAUUCUCAAUAUACUUUGGAGUUGCGAAAUUCAGCGAUUUAGAAGAAACCAAUGGUAAAAGAUUUGGGACUAAAGAUUUUGAAAUGAAAGGAGGACUUCUCUUAGGCUUUACAAUUAUCGGCCUUAAUCUGCUUCUAUUUAUAUAUUGCUACUUUACAACUAAGAAAACUUUUUUAAGUUAA